AUGCCGGUCGAGCGCGCUUUCGACUUGCACGCUAGAUUAGCAAGUAAGAAGAAGUCUCACAAAUGCCAGUUUGGGGAAGGCUGCAGCAAUCCCCCCACAAAGAAAUCUCGAACAAACAACCCUCCUGCUCCUACUCCAACAAAGGAGACAACUCCUCCACCAGCUUCUGCUAGGGAGGCAACUCCUCCAACUCCAAUAAACCCAGAUCCUCCAUCUCUGAACGGACAGACUCCUCCUCUAACUCCAGUCGACCCUAUGCCUCCAACAUCUACAGUUCAGCAGUCGGCUGGGCGCCGAGAAGAGGCCUCGGGAGACGACCUCACGGGUGCAGUGCUCAACUCAGCCAAAGAUAGGCUGUCGAGAAUAACAAAACACCGACACAGCCAGGAGGCAAUCCAGGAGACCGACUCUAUAGGGGUCGACCAAGUCCUCAACCACUCACUAAACGAAGAGCUCACUCAAUCUUCGAGGACGCUGAAUAUCCAAUUCAAAAAGAGACUUAGCGAUCAACUUAGUGCAGCUGAGGCUCGAUACACCGAGCAACUCAAGGCGACUGAAGCUACUCAUGCUGAGCGGCUGAAGGCAGUUGAGGCAAAGAAUUCUAAUGCCAUUAAGGAGGUCGAGGCGAAGCAUACCGAGGCCCUCAAGGAGGCUGAGGCAAAGCACCUCAAGGCGCUGCAGGUGACUAAGGCCAAAAUCACUUCUCUUGAAGAAGAGUUGAAGAGGAAGGCUGUGAGUAUUGCCAAGAUCACUGCAUCCAAGGAGCAGUACAAGGAGGUCUCGCUCAAUAAUUACCGAGAAGCCCAUAAGCUUCAAGAUGAGCUCAAGAUAAGCCGCAAGGAAGUUGCUGCACUGAAGGAACAGAAUGCCCGCAACCUUGAAGACUAUGAAGGGGCGUCGUUCGAGUGUAACUACUUGUUUUGGAAAAAUAACCCCAAUGCUAAUUUCUCCUAUCUCCCAGACUAUAUUAGGGAGGAGGAGUUAGCUAGGUGCGUUGCUCGCCUGGAAGAGGAAACACUUCCACGGUCUCCAGAAAUUUCUUUAGCGACCGACAUCGAAGGCGCCCGAGAAGAGGUUGGGGAUGCAGUCGACCAGCAGCAGCAGAAAUCGCCACAAGACCCCCCGAAAACCUCAUAA